CAGAAACAUGAACGAUCCGGACCAGGAGUUCGAUCAGACGUUGGAAAGCUUUAUCACGGACCAGUUUAUUCGCGAUAUUCUCUCAGAGGAACCCCUCGACCCAUUUAACUUGGAAGUGCCAGAGGACUCUACUGCUAAUACAACAAUAUCUACCGAGGGCUCCUCCCAUUCCAAGACAUUGAAGUUGCCAUCAUCUCUUCCAACUCAUUCCCCGAGGCUGUGCCAUGUGUGCAACCUUCCAGCUGGAAAGCAUAAUUAUUACGGAGGACAAGUGUGUGAAAGCUGUCGAGCCUUCUUCCGACGUUCCAUUCAAAACCAAACCCAUCCGAUAUACCAAUGCAAGGCCUUAAAGAACUGCAUAAUUGACUCAAAAUCCAGGAAAAGUUGCACCUGGUGCCGAUUCAAGAAGUGCCUUUUCGCCGGAAUGAAUCCGAAAUGGAUUAUCACCGAUCAGGAGAGGAAAACCAAGCUUGAAGCCAAGCGUGGUAAGAUUAUGAAGGCCACGAUGAAAAGAGAUUUUGUGCCAAUCCAAAGAACGGUUGAGCUCAAGUUUACAAUUGAGGAACAACUGAAGGUUCAACGACUCUCUGACCACGCAAGGAAAUUUAAAGUGUCGGUGCUGGCCAAGCACCUGGCUAGUGAUUUAACCCCAUUGCAGACUCUUUGGAAACUUGCCCUUAAUUUGGGGACACCUACUGUAGAGUUCAUUCAUUUUCUUGAGGAGAAAGAGAAAUCCAUUUUCAAGACCAUAGCCUUAGGGCUAGAGGAAAUGACCGAUUUGGAUUUGCAGGAUCGAGAGACUUUGGUUCAAAAGAACAGCACAGCCUUUUUUGCCCUUAUCAUGUCCAUUUACUUUAACCCGGGGGACUUUGGGCGACAUCUGGAGGAAAUUUUGAUGGCGUUGGAUAUUGCUUUGCAAUCUAAUGACAAUCCAGCCCUGACGACCGCUAUGGAAACGCUUGAGGUGAUCAAGAUGAGCAAUUUUCAAGGGCUCUCAUUUGACACUUUCUACUCUAAUUGUCCUAACAAAAAUGUCAAUCUUUCAAAAGCUCAAAAAAAUUUGAUGGGCAAAAUACAAAGCGCUCUCAGGGAAAUUCCGAACCAGCCCAUUGACACCAUCAUUACUUGCAUUGUCAUCCUCAACCUGAUAUUUGCAUCCGAUGGGAGCAGCAACCUCAAGGACAGCAAGAAAGUGGAACGGAUUCAGAACAACCAAGUGUUCAUGCUUCAUAGAUAUCUCAGAUCCAAGUUUGGAGAUAAAGCUCGGGCAAAGAUGGGAAAAUUAGUGAUGCUUAUGUCUUACACGCAAGAAGCUUACUCUUUACAUCGCCAAAUGGUAUCGCUUUCACUUUGAUUUGAACAUUGCUUUCGAAGUAGUACCUUUAAACUUGACAACGAAAACAACUUACGUACAUACUAGUUGCAACUUAAGGGAGACUGAAUAUUGACAAUCGUGCAACUAACGAAAAAAAUGAUAAUCAUGUACAAAAUAAAUCAAAAUGACCAGAUCUACUUUUAA